CAGUCAAAAAUAGUCUAGUUGGCUAGUAUUACUCUAGUUGCUUUACAACACAUUAAAACAAAACUAAUAUUUAAAUAAAUUUGUUAUGUCAGAAAUAAUGUCAAUGGACUUGUUCACUCGGGAAAAUCCGGUAUUCGAAUGUUAUGCAUUUUACAGCAGUAUUUUGAUUAUAAAAAUGAUAGCAAUGUCACUUUUAACGGCUUUCCAAAGAAUGAGAAAAAAGGUUUUUAUAAGUCCUGAAGACAAAUCAAUGAGCAAAGGAUCAGAAGUUAAAUAUGAUGACCCAGAUGUUGAAAGAGUACGACGAGCACAUUUGAACGACGUGGAAAACAUACCAAUAUUUUUAAUAAGUGGAUUAUUGUUCGUUGCCAGCAAGCCUUCUGAAAUGUUAGCAAUGAACUUGUUUAGACUUUUUACAAUUGUUAGAAUAUUGCAUACUGUAGUAUACGCAAUAUUUGUUGUACCUCAACCAGCAAGAGCUAUUAUGUUUUUAACAGGAGUUGUCAUUAAUGUAAUAAUGAUUAUAUGUAUUAUUCUUAAGAUGCACCAAUUUUAAAAUUUCAUAACUAACUAAGAUGUACUUUAAAAAUUAUAAUAUAGUAAUACAAACUACGAUAGCUAGCUUUUCAAAAUUAUG